UUCAACGACGACACUUCAGCCCAUCACCCACGAUUCCUCCAAAGCGACUCAACCUGCACCAGACACGCAACACAUACAUUCCGAAAACCCGAAGCUCGCCCACAAUGGAUUUCACCACUACUGGCGCGCUCAAUGAAGAUGGCAUCCACGUCGACAUGGAUAGGCUGAAGAAGGGCGAGGUCAACCUGGGCACCUCCAUCAUGGCAGUCACAUUCAAGGACGGCGUCAUUCUCGGCGCCGACUCACGAACAACCACGGGCGCAUACAUCGCCAACCGAGUAACCGACAAGCUCACGCGAGUCCACGACACAAUAUGGUGCUGCCGCUCCGGCUCGGCGGCCGACACGCAGGCUGUCGCGGAUAUUGUCCAGUACCAGCUCGGCAUGUACGCCAUGCGCAACGGCAAGCCGCCCAUGACGCAGACGGCGGCGUCCAUUUUCCAGGAGAUUUGCUAUUCCAACAAGGACCGCCUAUCGGCCGGCCUCAUCAUCGCCGGCUGGGACGAGCGUCACGGCGGUCAGGUCUACUCGAUUCCCCUCGGCGGAUCGCUUCACAAGCAGUCCUAUGCCAUCGGCGGCUCGGGCUCGACAUACAUUUACGGCUACUGCGACGCCAACUGGCAGGAGAGCAUGGAGGAGCAGGAGGCCGUCGCGUUCGUCAAGGGUGCGCUGCGCGAGGCGAUCAAGUGGGACGGCAGCUCUGGCGGUGUCAUUCGCAUGGUGGUGCUGACGGCCAGUGGCGCCGACAGGCACCUCUACCUCCCAGACACGGACUACGCCGUGCGUCACGAGUAGGGAGAAUUUGGUUCAGGGCGGCCUGACGCGAGGAGCUGCCGAGGACGAUGAUGUCGUUUGGUGCCUCGGAUAAGUGCUGGCGCGUGCCACGGUGCACCGCUCACACGACGCAUGCAAAUCACAGCAGGGGCAUUGUAUAAUACAUAACCUUAGAUGACGACGAAGGGAAUGAGAGCCGACCAAAAAG